AUGGUAGGUAAUCGCCGUACUAAAAAAGGAAAGACUGUUGCGGCGAAACAGACCUCGGCGAAGACUAGGAAGAAGGCGACAAAGAGCAACACACGCAAAAUCAUAGAGCCAGAACCAGUCGAGUCUCCAUUGUACGUCACGCCCAAGGUUCCUUCCCUGCCAGGAUCGGAUAUCACACGAAGAGCGAGGAAAGCGUUACGGAAGGUGGACAACCGGAUGUGCGCGUUGACGAGGAGAACCGGGCCGACGGUGGAAAUUGCACAUAUACUCCCGAAAUCUAAAGCUGCCAUUGCGUACAAAAAGCUCAGGAAGCGGGGAGUACGCAUCGACAUACAUAGCCGUCAUAAUCUGAUAUCUCUAGAUUACGCACUUCACCGGUUGUUGGACAAUUUUUACUGGAUGUUUGUGCCAACGCUGGCUUAAAUCAACAGGAUCGAAACAUACAUUCGAGAACAUGACGUGCUCGUGUUCGAAGAACUCCAUAACAGCACCCGCUUCGCCCACCCGGACGAGUGGUUCGAAUAUGAAAUUGUCACCUUUCGUCAUAUGACGCAUCCGAUCCUGGUGCCGCGGCCCGUGGAGGAAGGACCGUUCGAUCCAACUGAGGAUGGUUUCAAGCUCUAUCUUCCGAUGGACCAGCUCUAUGAUGAAAUGGUCACACUGAGCCAUUAUCGAUAUGGAAGAGAAAUGACACCGUUUCCUGCGUUCAAGCAUCACUCGCACCCGUAUCUGGUUAUGGUUGCCGCACAUAUCCAUUUCCAAGAGAACCGUGACCAGAUGUCGCUUUCCCAGGAACGGCAUUUUAAUGUGGUCAAGAAUUGUCUUAUGCGCUGGGACAAGAAAGCCCGUGGUGUACCGGCAGCAUUGAAACCAAAGCGAUCGGUGGACGGAGAUGGUCCGGUAUUCGACGCGUAUGGGCGAGCUUUCCGAGCCGAGCCAGGAAGGCAGGUUGACCCGUCCACCGCUGCAGCUGAAGAGAGUGUCAGUAGCAACUCCACCGUCUGGGGCGAAGAGGGCAAGGCACGUCGGGCAGACGAGGUUCUAUGGCCGGACGACGAAGUGGAAGAGGAGGAGAAUGAAGAUGACGUAUGGUCGCCUUCAAAUGAGUGCUCUGGAGGGGUCCAAAGACGUGGGAAAAGGGCCAGGGCAUCGUCGACGUCCAGAGCGCAAUCCCCACCACCUCCAAGCAGUCGUGUCACGCGGUUGGCAGCGGCCGCCAACCAACAAACGCAGGUGCAGUCAGCACCGAGGACAACGCGAUCGCAAGCAGCAGCACAAGUGGCACAGCAAUUUCUGGAGCAAGACUUGACACCCGAGGGUGAUGGAGAGCCGCCAAAGAAGCGAGGGAGACCUAACGAACGAUCGUUGAAAGAAGGACAAUCGACAGGGAACCGCGCUGCGAAACGAAGGCGCCCUCGAAAAGACGUGGACCUUGCGAUACACCGAGGGGCUAUGUCGAGGUCGACUAAACAGAUCGUCGUUCCGGGUGCUCCGUCUACGCGAAUCAACGCAUUUGCGAGGACAAAGGGUUCGAACGCAAUUGGUACCCGGCCUUUGACACACACCCGUCUCACUGCCGCCGAUACUCUGCUGUUCUUGGACGCGGUCCACACCGAUCAAGUACAGGCGAGAAUGCGAGACGCGGAAGGUUCUAUCGAUUGGAGUGGGGGGAGCAUCACCGAUGAAGAUAGCGAAGAUGACGACUUGCGGUCGCCUUCUAACAAGGCCCCUAUGAUGGCUAUGCCUGCAGCAUAUGUGGAGGAAUGGCGGAAACGUGUUAAGUAAGGUUAACACAUCAACCAAAACCGAAGACAAGGCACCGAAUCACAGGAAACCUAGGACCUCACGACGAUCUUCGGGGUGCGGCCGCGCGGUUAGACCAUCGACAAGGUCGCCGCACGUAGUCAUCUAAAGCAUAGGCCAUCAACACGUUCAAUACGGGAGACACGUACUCCAUGUGUUAGUCAGCUCUGUAACAAACAUCGACAAUACAAGUUGUUCGACUGAAUGCAGCAAAGUAUUGCACACAAAACAGGAACAGCAGACGGACGAACAGCUAUACCCAACCAAGUAACGAGCCGUUGGUCAUAGGAAGUUAAUUCCUUGUGAUGGUGAGAUCAUCGCCAGCCCUCGCACUUAAAGGGGUUUUUCAGUCGCGGUUAUAGGAAUUCGGGAGUAGACAGCAUACCGACCUAUAGAGACCUUCAACGCGAAGCAUCAAAAGACGAACAGCAUACCAGACGCAUCGAAUCCGAUGGAAGUUAG